AUGCCGACGGUGCAGCAGAUCAGCAAGCCCAAGGUGGAAAAGCGCAAACAGAUCAGCGUCAAGUCCAUCGCUGACGUCGAGGAUGUGGUGGCCAUGAAGAAAACGUUCAACCGGCACCUGCACUUCACGCUGGUCAAGGACAGAAACGUAGCCACCAUCCGGGAUUACUAUUACGCGCUGGCGCAUUCGGUCCGGGACAGCCUCGUAUCCAGAUGGAUCAGGACGCAACAACACCACUACGCAGUCAACCCGAAGCGUGUUUAUUAUUUGUCUUUGGAGUACUUGGUCGGUCGUUCCCUUCAGAACACCAUGAUCAAUCUCGGCAUUCAAAGCAGUGUUGACGAAGCAUUGUAUCAAAUGGGAUUAGACAUUGAAGAACUGGAAGAUCUCGAAGAGGACGCCGGUCUGGGAAACGGUGGUUUAGGUCGUUUGGCCGCUUGUUUCCUGGAUUCCAUGGCCACUCUAGGCCUGGCAGCUUAUGGUUAUGGUUUGAGAUACGAGUAUGGUAUAUUUGCUCAGAAGAUAACCAACGGUGAACAGACCGAAGAACCAGACGAUUGGCUCAGGUUUGGAAACCCGUGGGAAAAGGCUAGACCCGAGUAUAUGUUACCAAUUCAUUUCUUUGGAAAGGUAGUAGACACACCGACCGGCAAAAAGUGGAUCGACACUCAAGUUGUGUUCGCGAUGCCGUACGAUAGUCCAGUACCCGGAUAUCAGAACAACAUCGUUAACACCAUGCGAUUGUGGUCUGCCAAAUCUCCCGUCGAAUUCAACCUGAAGUUCUUCAACGACGGUGAUUACAUUCAAGCCGUCCUCGAUAGGAACACGGCUGAAAAUAUCACACGCGUUCUAUACCCCAACGACAAUUUGUUUGAAGGCAAAGAGCUGCGUUUGAAACAGGAAUAUUUCAUGUGUUCAGCCACUCUCCAAGACAUCAUCCGGAGGUUCAAAGCUACGAAAAAAGGAGUACAGCCCCGGACCGACUUCAAUUAUUUCCCGGAAAAAGUGGCUCUGCAGCUGAACGAUACCCAUCCGGCACUCGCCAUCCCGGAGCUGAUGAGGAUCCUCAUGGACAUCGAAGGUCUGUCGUGGGAGGCCGCUUGGGAGAUCACCGUCAAGACCUGCGCUUACACUAACCACACCGUAUUGCCCGAAGCACUGGAACGGUGGUCGGUGUCGUUGAUGAGCAGCAUAUUGCCGAGACACAUGCAAAUCAUUUACCAAAUCAAUUUCCUGCACUUGCAAGACGUCCAAAAACGUUGGCCAAACGAUAAUGCGCGCAUGAAGAGAAUGUCGCUGAUCGAAGAAGACGGCGACAAGAGAGUGAAUAUGGCCCAUUUGUCCAUCGUGGGAUCUCAUGCCAUCAACGGUGUAGCUCGUAUCCAUUCAGACAUCCUCAAGAACGACUUGUUCAGAGACUUUUACGAAUUAACACCAGAAAAGUUCCAAAACAAAACCAACGGUAUCACCCCACGUAGAUGGUUACUUCUCUGCAACCCCAAUUUAUCAGAUAUCAUUGGAGAGAGAAUCGGUGAUAAUUGGAUCACGCACUUGGACGAGCUGACAAAUUUAAACGAACUUGUAAACGAUGAAAGUUUCAUAUUGGAUGUGCAAAAAGUCAAACAAGAAAACAAAAUGAAACUAGCUCAUUGGUUGGAAACUGAGUACAACGUCAAAAUCAACGUCAACUCAAUGUUUGACAUCCAGGUGAAGAGAAUACACGAAUAUAAGAGACAACUUUUAAAUUGCCUGCACAUCAUCACCCUUUACAACAGAAUCAAGAAAAAUCCUGACGCUGAGUACGUACCGAGAACAGUCAUGGUCGGUGGAAAGGCCGCUCCGGGAUACUACAUGGCAAAAAAAAUCAUCAAACUCAUAAAUUACGUGGGCAACGUAGUCAACAACGACCCGGUGAUCGGAGACCGUCUGAAGGUGUUGUACUUGGAAAACUAUCGAGUGACUUUUGCUGAAAAAAUCAUACCGGCCGCGGACCUCAGCGAGCAGAUAUCUACUGCGGGAACCGAAGCAUCUGGUACCGGCAACAUGAAAUUCAUGUUAAACGGUGCGCUUACCAUCGGCACGUUGGACGGUGCAAAUGUGGAAAUGGCCGAAGAGAUGGGAGACGAAAACAUUUUCAUUUUCGGGAUGAACGUCGACGAAGUGGAAUUGUUAAAGAGAAAAGGCUACAAUGCUCAUACGUACUACGAAUCCAUACCGGAACUCAAACAGUGCGUAGACCAAAUCCAGAACGGAUAUUUCAGUCCCAACAACCACGACGAGUUUAAGGACAUCGUCGACGUCCUCCUGAAAUGGGACAGAUUUUUCCUGUUGGCUGAUUACCAAGAUUACAUCAAAGCUCAGGAUAAGGUCAACGAGACUUAUAUGGAUCAGAAAAAAUGGACUCGCAUGUGCAUCCGCAACAUCGCGUCCGCCGGAAAAUUCUCGUCCGACCGCACGAUCACCGAGUACGCCAGAGAGAUUUGGGACGUCGAGCCUUCGUGGGAGAAACUUCCAGCUCCGCAUGAACGUAUCGCAGAUCUCCCGAAGCAGUCAUAA